AUGUACAUCACCCUCUACUACAUAGUCACCCGGCUCCCUCACUCCCUUCGCUUAGUCAGGGACCAUUUCCUCUCAGUUUGCCCCACCACACUCACCGUUGACCUCGUCGAGGAGUGCCUCCUAUCAGCAGAGAAGAGCGUAGUUGCUGUAGGACCCUCUCGUGGUGACCCUCGCACCCCCGUGUUUGAGGGGUGUUUCUUUUCCCCCCUCUUGCCCUCUGUUGCUUCUGCUGCUGCGGCCGACCUCGUUGGUUUCGAGUCGGACGGCGCUGCGUCUACCCCUAGCGGGAGACGCCGCACCGACAAGGGCAAGGGGGGCAAGGGCGCUGGAGGGGCUGGCGGGGGUGGUGGAGGUGGUGGUGGAGGCAAUGUAGGGGGUGGGGGUGGUGGUGGGAGUGGUGGCGGGGGUGGAGGUGUCGGUGGCAGCAGUGGAGGCGGAGGAGGCGGCGGUAGUGGCGGAGGGAGUGGAGGCGGCGGAGGUUGCGCCUACACAAAAGCAUAA